AUGUCCGACCCUGAACGUCCCUCAGGCGAGGCGACUGACGUCCAGGCGGGGAAAGCACCCGCCAUGAGCUCAUGCGCGAAGCGACAACUGCUGGCCGCCUUGACAACAACCGAUGUGACAAUCCGCCGACUAGAUCUACUACUCUCCGAGGCAAACGGACAAGAGCGAGUACUAGCGACUAUCAACUAUGUCGCCUCAAUGCUCCAUCACCUCACUGCGGUCGUGUACCCCAAGAACGUCACCCCCGCAUCGUCGAAAUCGAAAUUCGCGGCCCUUUGCUCCCUUGCAUCGGAGACGAGAUACAACUUGCGCUUGUUUGGGCUGCUUCCUUUGUGGAUAUGGGGCGCUGAAACGCUCAAGUCGCCGCCCGCCGACCCCAUCCUCCACGCCCUGACCGUGCUGCAAGUCAUCUCGAACGUCAUCUAUCAGCUUCUCGAGAACGUGGGCUACCUUGCUUCGAAGGGGGUUGUCUCGAAGCGGUUCGUGGACAAAUAUGGAGGCGUUGCGAAAUGGGAUAUCUGGAGUACACGUGGGUGGUUCGGACACAUCUUUUUCCAGUUCUUCGUGCUCUGGCGCCAGAGUGUGCUGCGCAGACAGCGGUUAGCCGCGCAGCGAGCGGCUGCUGGCACGGUCGAAACUAAAGAGACCAAGGCUGAAGAUAGCGAGGCGUUGCGCUUGGAAAUCCGGGCUUGGCGAAAGAGCUUGGUGAACAACGUCUUCUGGGCACCUUUGUGUUUGCACUGGUGUUUUGAGAAAGGCAUCGGUAUUCCCGAUAGCAUGGUCGGGAUUAUCAGCUUCUGUGCCGGAGCUUGGAGUCUCCAUGAUUGUUGGGCUGGAACCGCAACUGUUAAAGCAUAG